CAGCGGCUCCGCCCCCCGCUCCCGCCGCCGCGCACCCGCAGCAGCGCCCGCCCCGCUCCGCUCCGCCGGCGAGCGGCAGAGGCAGCCCCGGCAGCCGCGCCGGCCCCGGCCCGCCGCACCCCGCGCAGAUUAGAAACAAAAACAAUAGAGGAAAAUCACCCCCCCGGAUCUUAGCCUUGGCCUUUUGCAAGCGAACAGAAGAGGAGCUGUCAGGCUUUGCAUGUCAAGUAGCCACUCGGCUGUUUGACAGCUUCUGGGUUUCAACCCCAUUGGGAUUGAGGCAGCUCAGGAAACCAUGAGCGAUGAAUCCUGUCGUCUGCUGACGCUGCUCUAGCACCAUGGCAGACAGUCCGUGAUCUGACAAGAGGAUCCAUCCUAGGGAGGCAGCACUGGGAUCGGUAAUUGGCUUCCUGGGAAACUACAGCUGGUGGAAAGGAUGUAAAAGGAGGUGCACACGUGCCGGGAUAUUGUUACGGUCUUGCCAAGCUGGUGGAUCCACUUGGAGGAGGGUUUUGCUGCCGAUCUUGGCUUUUUCUCCCAUUUUGGUAAUGUUGGCUUUGGGGAAAAUUUCUGCUGACUCACCUGCCCUUGGACACCUUUUGCUAAGCCCGGCCAACCUGUGAAGACCCAACGGCGCCUUCCCCCCACCGUGGGUCCUCUCCGGUGGCACCGGACCCCAUCCCACACCCAACCCCAUCCCGUGGGGCACCCACAGCCUGUCACCCCCCGCCCCGGGGAGUCCCCCACAGUGACCCCCGCACCCGGGGCGGGGGUGAGCACACCCGAACCUCCCGUCGCGGCCGGUGCCCGGCAAGAUUUUACCCUGUGUGCCGCCGGGGCCCCCGCGCCGCCGCCCGCCGGCCCCGCCGCCCCGCUUGCCCGCCCCAGGCCGCGCAGGAUGGGUGCGGCGCUGGUGCGGCGCGGGGGCUGCCUGCUGCUCUGGCUGGCCCUGCUGCUGGGCUGCUGGGCCGAGCUGGGCAGUGGGCUGGAGUUCCCAGGGGCGGAGGGCCAGUGGACCCGCUUCCCCAAGUGGAACGCCUGCUGUGAGAGCGAGAUGAGCUUCAACAUGAAGACGCGCAGCUCCAGCGGGCUGGUGCUCUACUUUGAUGACGAGGGCUUCUGCGACUUCCUGGAGCUCAUCCUCACCCAGGGUGGGCGGCUGCAGCUCAGCUUCUCCAUCUUCUGUGCUGAGCCCGCCACUCUGCUCUCCGACACGGCGGUCAAUGACAACCUCUGGCACGCUGUCGUCAUCCGCCGCCACUUCAAGAACACAACGUUGAUCAUCGACCGGGCUGAGGCCAAAUGGGUGGAGGUGAAGUCCAAGCGGCGGGACAUGACUGUCUUCAGUGGCCUCUUCUUAGGGGGGCUCCCGCCGGAGCUGCGGUCAGCGACGUUAAAGCUGACACUCUCCUCUGUCAAGGACCGUGAGCCCUUCAAGGGCUGGAUAACAGACGUCCGGGUCAACUACACGGAGGCGUCACCGGUGGAGAGCCAGGAGGUGCGGCUGGACGACGAGCAGAGCCGCCUGUGCGCCAGGGAGGACGUCUGCCUCAACGGGGGCGUCUGCUCGGUGCUCAACGACCAGGCUGUCUGCGACUGCUCCCAGACGGGCUUCCGGGGCAAGGACUGCAGCGAAGAAGACAACUAUGUGGAAGGUCUGGCGCACCUGAUGAUGGGCGACCAAGGUAAAAGUAAAGGAAAAGAAGAAUACAUUGCGACGUUCAAAGGAUCAGAAUACUUCUGCUAUGAUUUAUCUCAGAAUCCUAUACAGAGUAGCAGUGAUGAAAUAACUCUGUCAUUUAAAACGCUUCAGAGGAAUGGACUGAUGCUUCACACAGGAAAAUCGGCUGAUUAUGUCAAUCUUGCACUGAAAAAUGGAGCUGUCUCCUUGGUCAUUAAUUUGGGCUCAGGGGCCUUUGAAGCGCUGGUGGAACCUGUGAAUGGGAAAUUUAAUGACAAUGCCUGGCAUGAUGUGAAAGUAACCAGGAAUCUGCGUCAGCACUCAGGCAUUGGACACGCUAUGGUGACAAUAUCAGUGGAUGGAAUUCUGACCACAACGGGAUACACGCAAGAAGACUACACCAUGCUGGGCUCUGAUGACUUUUUCUAUGUUGGAGGCAGUCCUAGCACAGCAGACCUCCCAGGGUCACCAGUCAGUAACAACUUUAUGGGCUGUCUCAAAGAGGUCGUGUAUAAAAAUAAUGAUGUCAGGUUGGAGUUAUCUCGACUUGCCAAGCAAGGAGAUCCUAAAAUGAAGAUUCACGGGGUUGUAGCAUUUAAAUGUGAGAAUGUUGCAACCUUAGAUCCAAUCACAUUUGAAACACCAGAGUCUUUCAUCUCUUUGCCAAAGUGGAAUGCCAAGAAAACAGGCUCGAUAUCAUUUGACUUCCGUACAACUGAGCCAAAUGGCCUGAUCCUAUUCAGUCAUGGAAAACCCAGGCACCAAAAAGAUGCCAAACACCCACAGAUGGUGAAGGUUGACUUUUUUGCCAUUGAAAUGCUUGAUGGCCACCUCUACCUGCUGUUAGACAUGGGAUCAGGUACUAUAAAAAUAAAAGCCUUGCAGAAGAAGGUGAAUGAUGGUGAAUGGUACCAUGUGGAUUUUCAACGGGAUGGACGGUCAGGGACCAUAUCUGUGAACACACUACGUACACCAUAUACUGCACCAGGGGAAAGUGAAAUCCUUGAUUUGGAUGAUGACUUGUAUCUUGGAGGCUUACCAGAAAAUAAAGCAGGCCUCAUCUUUCCAACAGAGGUGUGGACUGCACUUCUCAAUUAUGGAUACGUCGGCUGCAUUAGAGAUUUGUUUAUUGAUGGUCAAAGCAAAGAUAUUCGACAGAUGGCUGAAAUUCAAAGUACUGCUGGAGUAAAACCCUCAUGCUCAAGAGAAACUGCAAAACCUUGCCUUAGCAACCCCUGUAAAAACAAUGGUGUGUGCAGGGAUGGGUGGAACAGAUAUGUUUGUGAUUGCUCUGGUACAGGGUACCUUGGCAGAUCAUGCGAAAGAGAGGCAACAAUUUUGAGCUACGAUGGAAGUAUGUUUAUGAAAAUACAGCUCCCUGUUGUGAUGCAUACAGAGGCCGAAGAUGUUUCUUUGCGGUUCAGGUCCCAGAGAGCUUACGGCAUUUUAAUGGCAACUACAUCUAGGGAAUCUGCUGAUACCCUUCGCUUAGAGUUGGAUGCAGGACGAGUUAAGCUAACGGUCAACCUAGACUGUAUCAGGAUUAACUGUAAUUCCAGCAAAGGUCCAGAAACCCUUUUUGCUGGCUAUAACCUCAAUGAUAAUGAGUGGCACACAGUGCGGGUGGUUCGGCGAGGAAAGAGUUUAAAGUUAAUGGUGGAUGACCAGCAGGCUGUGACAGGUCAAAUGGCUGGUGAUCACACACGACUGGAAUUCCACAACAUAGAAACAGGAAUAAUAACAGAACGGCGCUACCUGUCUUCUGUGCCUUCUAAUUUCAUUGGGCAUCUCCAGAGCCUUACAUUUAAUGGCAUGGCAUACAUUGACUUGUGUAAAAAUGGAGACAUCGAUUAUUGUGAGCUAAAUGCAAGAUUUGGGUUCAGGAACAUCAUAGCAGACCCUGUAACCUUUAAAACAAAAGCAAGUUAUGUUGCGUUGGCCACGCUACAAGCAUAUACAUCUAUGCACCUUUUUUUCCAGUUCAAAACAACCUCUCUGGAUGGAUUGAUACUUUAUAACAGUGGCGAUGGAAAUGAUUUCAUUGUGGUUGAAUUAGUAAAAGGGUAUUUACACUAUGUGUUUGACUUGGGAAAUGGUGCAAAUCUCAUCAAAGGAAGUUCCAAUAAACCUCUGAAUGACAACCAGUGGCAUAAUGUGAUGAUAUCAAGGGAUACCAACAAUCUCCACACUGUAAAGAUCGACACUAAAAUCACAACACAGAGCACAGCGGGAGCCAGAAAUUUAGAUCUCAAAAGUGAUUUGUAUAUUGGAGGAGUAGCCAAAGAAAUGUAUAAGUCCUUGCCAAAACUGGUACACGCAAAAGAGGGAUUCCAAGGCUGCCUUGCAUCGGUUGAUUUGAAUGGACGGCUCCCUGAUCUCAUCUCAGACGCUCUCUUCUGCAAUGGGCAAAUAGAAAGAGGAUGUGAAGUUGCAUUGAUGAAAGCUGAUUUGCAAGGCCCCAGCACAACAUGCCAAGAGGACUCGUGUGCAAACCAGGGAGUGUGCUUGCAGCAGUGGGAUGGAUUCAGUUGUGACUGUAGUAUGACCUCCUUCAGUGGACCAUUGUGCAAUGACCCGGGAACAACAUAUAUCUUUAGCAAAGGUGGUGGACAGAUCACUUACACGUGGCCUCCUAAUGAUCGGCCAAGCACUCGUGCAGACAGACUGGCAAUAGGGUUUAGUACUGUGCAGAAAGAAGCUGUGUUGGUGCGAGUGGACAGUUCUACUGGGCUCGGAGAUUAUUUAGAGCUGCAUAUCCACCAGGGAAAAAUUGGAGUUAAAUUUAAUGUUGGAACUGAUGACAUCUCAAUUGAAGAGAUCAACGCAAUCAUUAAUGAUGGAAAAUACCAUGUAGUACGGUUCACAAGAAGUGGUGGCAAUGCCACAUUACAGGUGGACAACUGGCCAGUUAUCGAACGCUACCCAGCAGGAAACAAUGAUAACGAGCGCCUGGCGAUUGCUAGACAGCGAAUUCCAUAUCGACUUGGUCGAGUAGUUGAUGAAUGGCUACUCGACAAAGGGCGUCAGCUCACAAUCUUCAAUAGCCAAGCAACCAUAAAAAUUGGAGGCAAGGAACGUGGCCACCCUUUCCAAGGCCAGCUCUCUGGUCUUUACUACAAUGGCUUGAAAGUUCUGAAUAUGGCAGCAGAAAACGAUGCCAACAUCGUGAUAGAAGGAAAUGUGAGACUUGUUGGUGAAGUGCCUUCCUCUAUGACAACCGAGUCCACAGCCACAGCGAUGCAGUCCGAGAUGUCCACGUCAGUCAUGGAAACAACCACUACUUUGGCCACAAGCACCGCUAGAAGAGGAAAGGCCCCAACAAAAGAACCUAUUGGUCAGACCACAGAUGACAUCCUGGUGGCCUCGGCUGAAUGCCCUAGUGAUGAUGAGGACAUCGAUCCCUGUGAGCCAAGCUCAGGUGGGUUAGCAAAUCCUACCAGGGCAGGCGGAGGAAGAGAGUACCCUGGCUCGUCCGAGGUGAUCCGUGAAUCCAGCAGCACAACAGGCAUGGUAGUUGGGAUCGUGGCAGCGGCGGCGCUGUGUAUCCUCAUCCUCCUGUAUGCUAUGUACAAGUACAGGAAUCGAGACGAAGGAUCGUAUCACGUAGAUGAGAGUCGAAACUACAUCAGUAACUCAGCACAAUCCAAUGGGGCUGUGAUCAAGGAAAAGCAGCCCAACAGCGCUAAAAGUUCCAACAAAAACAAGAAAAAUAAGGAUAAGGAGUACUAUGUCUGAUCUCAACAUCUAAAAGAACGCUUGUAUAGAAAUAGUCUUCAUUUUAUCUGAGACAUAAUACAAACUUAUUUACUUUACUUUUUAUGAAGCACAUUCAAAAACAAACAAACAAAAAAGACAGGGAAUGCAAUCAGAAAGGAAAGACUGUUUUUAAAAACAAGCAUUUCAUGCUCUUGUUUUUCAGAAACAGGAGCUGAUAAAUUCCCUAACAUCCACAGUGUUUUCAUUUACUCUGCCUGUCUUUAUGUUGCUGGAACAUUUCUGAAAGACAAUGAUGACACCACGCAUUCAUAAAGCAAGGAGUAUUACUACAACAUCAAGGCACAAUAUGAAACAAAUCAAAUUAAAAAACACAAAACAGGAAAAAAAAAGAAAAAAGAAGCUACCUAUGAUUCUGGAUUUAGCCAAAGUGCUAGCGCUUUCUUGAGAAGUAAGUUAGUCUUAUUGUCAGAGAAGACUGUCAUUAUAUAUGGUGACUCAACAAGCAAACGUAAAGAGUUUGCCGUCUGGUGCAGUGAAGCAGUGAUUGGAAACUUGCAUUUGAGACAAAGUGCUGGCUUUUCUGAAGACUUACGUAGAAAUACUUUCAAAAAGCCCCUUUCUGGUUGUGAGGAAAAUAGUACGGAGGCCUUAUUUUCAAAAACAAAAACAAAAAUCUGGAAUAUAAGGCACAUUUCCACAAAAAAAAAAAUCAUUUAAAAAAUAAAAAAAAAGGGAAAAAAACAAGAGGGCAUAGAUGCAAUCAUUGGGAAAUUUUCAUGCACGCUUAAUAUGUUAUUACAUAUGUUUAUAUAAAAACACAUCUAUAUGUGCUUUCUGGACUGUGAUAAGUGAUGUUUUAUAGCCUGUUGUAUAGAAAAUGCAAACUAUAUCUGCUCUUCAGCCAUUUUUGGUAAACUCAAUGUUAUAAGUGUUGCUAGGUAUAGAGAGUUUUAUGACAUCUGGAGCAACAGACAUACUUCAGUUUUUUUGCAGCCAUUAUAAAUUGUCCCAGACUUCUUCCCCUUUCUUUUAUUUUUGGUUUUUUUCUUUCUUUUUUGAUUUACAGUGUAGUGGUUAUACUAAAGGGGGGUGUGUAUGAAUGUAUAUAAGAGUCAGCUAAUUUUUUUCUUACCUGUACAGCCUCUAUUCUGUUGCAAUUAAGUUUUGGUAGUUUGUAUGAAAGAAGUGGACUAGAAAGCAAAAAUAUAUCUCUACUGUAAUUUGUCUUCUCCCUCCUAUCCCCAUCUCUUGCUCCUGAUAUGCAUCAAUGAAGUUGAUCAGAAUGGCCAAUUUUCCUAGAAAUACACGUUCAUUAAUUAGCUAAAUAUUUAGUGACUUAAACUGGCCUUUGGCUUCCAGUCAAAGCUUCACUAUUGGAGAGCACGGUUUGCCUUUCAGAAACCUUGUUCUUAAGAAAUUAUGAGAAUGAUGAGUUUCUUGAGAAUCUUAGGAAGUAUCAUAUAGUGUUUAUCUGGCAUUCAGUUAUAUGAACGACAGCUACUACAGCAUUGGGUGGUAAAAGAUCUAAAACAACCCAUUUUAAUUAUCCAGGCUGAUUCCACUGCAGAAUUUACCCCUUUCUCCAAAAACGAAAUAAUCUCGAGGUACACAAUAGUAUUUUUCAACGAUGGGCAUUUUGACACAUGAAGAAGUAUUUUUAGCUGAGUUGAUUCUGUAGUAUUGCAAGACAUCAUAACCAGACAAAUAUAAGUUCAUCAUGUUUUAAAGUAACACGUAGCUUUUCUCAAAUAUAUGAGACAUUAAUGAAUUUUAGUUAAACAUAUAAAAUAUAAUGCUGUAAUUUACAUGUUAAGAGGUUUUUUUCUAGUAUUAUUUCAUUAGGUUCACAGCAAUAAAUCAUAGCGUAACAUUUUAUUUACACGGAAGUUCAAAGGGAAUACAUUAGAGAGAAAGAGGGUAGUUCAGCAGAAAUCAACCAAAUCAUUGGAGGGCCUCUUGGGAGGGAUAUAGAUGUUUCAUACUUUACAGACAGGAAGGAGGAAUUUAAAAGUAGCUUUAAACAGCAGACACAGAAUAUUUUCUUGUGUGUUACUCACUGUAGCUGAUGAAAAGGCUGGAAACUGGUACAGCUAUCUAUCUGGGAGUCAGAGCACUUUAAAAAUACAUGUAGCUGACAUGAAAGCACCUCUCUUGAAGGUUGCCAACCACAUCGAGGUGUGUCAUGUUGCAUUUGCAGACAGUUUUUUUCUUUUCAUUAGCAUUUACAUGAAAACAGGUUCACCAAAUCCAUCUGAUGUUCAUUUCUUAGGUGGUUGUUCACCUGUGGCAUUCAUAAUUUCUCCCACCUUUACAAGACAGCUGUACUCAGGGAAUGGCAGGGUCAGGGAUACUGGAGCUCAUUGCUGGAAGCAAGAGACUUCAGCUGGAGGGGGGAAAGAAGUUGAAAGCCAGGAGGUGUUCAGAUUUCAGUGCUGGAAGAUACGUAGAAGAACAAGAAUAAUCUGAUGACAGGAGACUGGACAUGAUGGAAUAUGGUUUGGGCGAGAUCAAAUGGUAUUUUCUGCUUGGUAUUGAUUGCAUUAAUGAAAUAGCAUGGUCAGGUCAACUUCCAGGCAGUUUGGUAGAUUAAUCUUUAACUAAAUCCAUACAUCAAGGAAAAAAAGAUCUGCUACUACUGUAAUAAGCAAACACAAUUUUAACACUGUUUCUGAAGGUUCUCCUUUUUCCUCUUUAAUUUCAUAAUUUAACAAAAAACAAAUAUGGAUGUAUCAGAAGUGCCAGCAAAUGGAUAUAAAAUUCCUUUUUGUUUAAAAACAGCAGCAACAACAAACAAACAAGCAGACAUAGACCAACUACCUAACAUAAAAUUGGAUCCUUUCUCUAUAAUAACCUAAUUUGUCUGACUGAGAUGGCUUCAUUUCUAUGACUGUAUUGUGUUGCCUUUUUUAACAAAACACUAAAUAACAUGUGAAACUUUCAACCCUAAGACAUCGACGAGAGGCCCAAUGCCCCUAACCUUAUAGUGCUUUCUGUGAUAGAUAUUUACGAUUUUUUUAUUUGUUGCAAGGCCAAUUUAUUCAUUAUUGGAAAUGCUAAGCAAGUGGAAUUUACUGUUUUGUUAAUAAAAAUGUUUCUUAAUACAAA